CAACCCACAAAAAAACCCUACAAAAUUUGCCCCACUUUUUUUCCCCGCCGCUGCCCACUCGCACACUUUUAUAUUUUCCCUCAUCUCAACACUUUUCCACCUCCUUCGGCCCCCCACAAUUCCCCCCAUUUUUCGUUUCUAGGGUUUUCAUUCUUUAUCGUCUUCGAUCUUUGGUUUUCCCCUUUUCCGUCUCAAACCACCAUGAGCAAGCCCGUUAAAGACAGCUUUGCUAUGUCCGACCUGGACUCAUCUCUCCCCGCCGCAGCCGCUGCUUUGAGUGCUGCGGAUCGCGCUGGUUUAGUAAACGCCCUCAAGGAUAAGCUGAGCAAUCUGGGCGGGCAGGACGUUAUGGAGAAGCUGACCCCAAAAGUGCGGAAGCGUGUGGAGGUGCUUAGAGAGAUUCAGGGCCAACACGAUGAGCUAGAGGCAAAGUUUCUUGAAGAGAGAGCAGCACUUGAAGCAAAAUACCAGAAACUUUAUGAACCAUUGUAUUCGAAGCGCUUUGAGAUUGUUAAUGGGAUUGUGGAAGUUGAAGGGGUGUCUGAUGCUCAGGGAGGGGAUAAAGCAAAUAGUGAUAAAGGUGUGCCUGACUUCUGGCUGACAGCAAUGAAGACAAAUGAGAUUUUGGCUGAAGAGAUUUCAGAACGUGAUGAAGAGGCUCUGAAGUUUCUCAAGGAUAUCAAGUGGUCUAGGAUUGAUGAUCCCAAGGGGUUCAAGCUCGAGUUCUACUUUGAUACUAAUCCUUUCUUCAAGAAUACUCUGCUUACAAAAACAUACCAUAUGGUUGAUGAGGAUGAGCCAAUACUAGAGAAAGCAAUAGGGACAGUAAUUGAAUGGUAUCCAGGCAAAUGCUUGACCCAAAAGGUAUUGAAGAAAAAACCAAAGAAGGGGACAAAAAAUGCUAAGCCAAUAAUGAAGACUGAAAAAUGUGAAAGCUUUUUCAACUUCUUUAGCCCACCAGAGGUUCCGGAUGAUGAAGAUGAAAUUGAUGAGGAUGAGGCUGAAGAACUUCAGAAUCUGAUGGAACAAGACUAUGACAUUGGCUCAACUAUCCGGGAUAAAAUUAUUCCGCAUGCUGUUUCGUGGUUUACUGGUGAGGCUGCACAAGAUGAUGAUCUUGAGAUGAUAGAGGAAGAUGGUGAAGGUGGUGAUGAUGAUGAGGAAGAUGAUGAUGAUGAAGAAGAGGAUGAAGACGAGGAUGACGAUGACGAUGAAGACGAUGAAGAUGAUCAUCCUGUCAAGUUCACAAAGAAGAUACUUACAUUUGUUUUUCUCUCUACCAUGCAAUUGCAUGAAAAACUUCAGCCUUCUCGAGCAAAGAAAGGUGGGGCGGGACUAGCUGGUGAAGGUCAGCAGGGGGAACGCCCUCCUGAGUGCAAGCAGCAGUAACAAGGCUGCGGAUUAGAUAGCUGGAUGAAUUACCAAAUUUACCCUUCCAUGCAUUGUUUCUGUCUUUAUGGGUUGGCUUUGGUUUUAUAUGGUGGUUUGAGUGGAAUUUAUUUUUAUGUGGGAGUCUUAUAUUAUUAGAUGAUUAGAUGAUGUACUUUAUUUGGUUUUGGUUCUUUCAGUAUCUAUUGUUUGAUGAUGCACUUGCUGAAGGGAUGUGGGUUUAUGUAGUAUAAGAGCCGAGUUGCUUCUAUGAGUUUUGUCUUUGGGGAAAAACCAAAAUUGAUUAAUGGAUGAGAAGAUGAGAUAAUAUUAAGUUAAUUUUUACAGUUAAAAGAGUUGAUGCAGGUAUCUUUGGUGUCUUUAUCGGUUAUGUAUAACGUAUACAAUCCAAGCAAUGAUCUUUAUACUGUUCCGAAAUUAUUCUUUUCAUCUCUACCCUUUGUAAAGUAUGAUUUGUAUUUUUAUUUUCUAUAGUAAGGUAGAGG